AUGGGUCUUCGGGCUCAUGCUGUAGCGUCAUCCGAUGGCUGGCUUCGGUCGCUAUUCUGGUUUCUGCUCAUCUGCUCCAACUUUGGCUAUACUGACCAAAUCCACAACUUCCUCGAUCUGCCCUUCGACGACCCGCUGAAUCUCUCGCCGGCCAUGCUGCGCAACCACCAUCGUAUUCGUCGUCAGGAGAAAGAUUGCUCACCGGGACGCCAGUUUAUCUGCUACGCCUACGAUGGAUUGGACGAACCGUAUCCGGAAUGGCUUCAAAAUACCGAUGCCAAGUGCGAAAAAUGCAAGACCGAUAGCGUAUGCAAGGACACAGACAAGGUGGAGACAGCCACCGAUGACGUCAGACCUCAAGUCAAGAAAAGCUGUCGUCCCAACCUUUGCUUCAACCUCGCCCAGGAGCUCGACGAGGAAGGAGGCCGACGGGUUCGCCGCCAAUCCAUGACGGAACAAGUGAUUCGCUACCCGAAAUGCAUUGACAUCAACGGGCUGUCGACUUAUGAUCGCAAUCGUGUCGAAGCCGAUCCGAUGCUCGACUGCCGGACCAACGUCUUCUUCAAGGCCAACGGCGCCGAGGAGCUGAAACUGACGCCGCCAUCAUGCGACGGUGACGAUGAUGUUCGGAUCUGCAAGGGCCGAAGGGAGCCUACAACGGCCCCUACUCCUACCACAGCCGGACCCGAGGACGACCCUUUCCUGUCCACGACAAUGAUCGUCAUCAUCGCCGCCGGAGCUUCCAUCCUCAUCUGCCUUCCUUGUUGCUAUGGGUGUCAUCUAAUUUGGAAAGCGAUACCAGAAACCGAGCCCUCUCCGUUGCCAUCGGCUCAUUUCGCUGAUACCGUGAAGCUGGUCGACCAGGAGAUUUUUGGCAGCUGGGGAGCCGCUUUCAAGGAAAAAAUCAAUGGGAAACCGCCACGAAUGCCGCAGAAGCAACCGGGAUAUGCAAAAACUGGUCACGUGGCGCUACGCGUGAACAAGGACACGAUCAGGCCGACCCCGAAGGACCAGGUGAUGCACUUGUUC